AUGACGCUUCUUUACAAGGCUCUUGCAGUCCUUCUUGCGGGCGUCACAGCUGUUCAAGGGGUGACCCUUGGGGAAGUUGGUCAGUCUAUUCCAGACUGCGGCGGACUGGCACGGUUUGAAAAAGUAGUAGCUCGCCUGGACUAUAGAGACGGGCUUUAUCGCUCCUCUGCUCCCUACUAUGUCAAUGAAGACGAGGACCUGAAAAUAUCCCAAGACACUAUUCGAUGUCUCCAGAAAUAUGGCAUCACGCACGUCAUCUCUCUUAAUAGUCAGGCCAAUAGCCCGGCUAUUAGGCAUGCCCUUGAGCAGCAUGGAAUCGUUUACACGGCGCUACCUAUUCCCGACUACCACGCUCCCUCCAUGGACCAGGUCGAACAAGCCUGGCAUGCUUUCCGCGCCCAUAGGGCAAGCACGCUUGUUUGGUGUGGCUUUGGGCACGGCAGGACCGGAACAAUAAUCACUGCGCUGCAGAUGCACGCCCAAGCAGAGAGGGGCGAAUCGCUAGAAUGGACUCGUUGGCUGUACAUGGUUGAAAACUCGGUGGAAAGGGACGUCCAGUAUGACCUUUUAGACGAGCUACAACUACGGCUACGCCAUGGAUACCAGAGCCAGAUUGAGUCCCCAACGGCUGCCGUGGCGGUUGAUCUGGCGGGAGCCGAGCAGCGUGUGAUGGAGGGCGACUUUGAUGGGCUUGAUUGCUCUGUCGCUCUAGGUGCCGCUCUGGGCUCUUCCUGGGACUUUUUCCAUUUCAAGAGAUCACUGCCUGGUGAGAAUAGCGAAUGCAGGCAAGCCCAGGAAAUGCUACUGCGCCAGCAAUGCGGAGUUAGCGACUAUAGCCGUCCCUCCGCCAACUACUUUGGAUCGCAGGGAAUCCGCAUCUUCGCACGCGGCAGACAGGGCGACCUCAUUGUGAAGGGCUGGGAGAACAGUCAGUGGUGGGACCAUUGGACCAGCCGAGGGGGCUACAUUGCCAGCGAGCCUGCUGCGAUAUUUGUCCAGGAGGGAGAUGUCCGUGUCUACGCACGAAGCAAGGACAAUCACCUUGUGGAAUCGGGCUACUACGCCGGUCAGUGGCAGCCGUGGAAAGACCUGGGCGGAGAGAUUGCCGGUGCCCCUUCAGCCAUCUACCUUGGAGACCACGGCAUCCGCGUCUACGCACGCGGCAUGACCGGCAGACUUGUGGAAACCGCUUACUAUGACGGGAAAUGGCAGGCUUGGAAAGAAAUCGGAGGACACAUUGUGGACGACCCUUCAGCCAUCUGGAUGAAAGACGAGGAGGGCAUCCGCAUCUACGCACGGAACAGGCUCGGCCAGCUCAUAGAAAAGGCCUUUACGAACGGGGAGUGGCAGGAGUGGAAGACUAUAGGCGGCCAAAUCAGCAGCUCGCCGUCGGCCAUAUAUCUCGGUCCUGGAGAGAUCCGCGUCUACGCACGCAAUCACCGCUACCAGUUAGUCGAGCAGUCUACUAGGGGAGGCCGCCUGCGGGCAUAUUGGACCAACCUGGGCGGAAACAUUGUGGGCUCGCCCGGAGCCAUGUACAUGGGAGCUGAUGGCAUCCGCGUGUAUGCGCGAAACGCCAAAGGCAACCUGCUGGAGAAGGGUACCUGGUCAGGCAGAUGGCACGGUUGGACAGACUUGGGCCGGAAGGAAUGUCAAGGUAGAAAGGACUAA